CAUUCAAUGUAAUUUACUUCAGUACUUUCUACGUUAAAGGACAACCCAAAUUUUCGUUGAAACUUUUGAAUUCGCUUAAAGCUUUUACAACAAAUUAUUCGUUCAAAUUAUUCAAAAAAUUAACUGGAAAUGGUCAAGAAAGCUAUAGACUAUUCACCGUUUUAUCCGACCACUUUGGGCACUAAAUCUCAUGAUGUAACUUUGCGUCAGUUACCCGCUUAUUCUAUUCGCCCAAAGCCGGAAAUAAAAGACAAAUGCUAUUCACCGGGUCCAGGAGCAUAUCCAAAGGAUGAUAGAAAGAAAGGAUUCGAAAUUCCUAAACCUCUAUAUCCUGCUGACAAUUCUUUCAAAUACAGCAUUGGUGUACGAGGAAAGGAGCCCAAAAAGUUCCAAACUCCAAGCCCGGCCGCAUAUCCGAGACUAGAAGAGGAUCGCAAUCCAUUGGCGAAAAAUGAAAUCCACUCAAUUUAUCCGAAAGACAACGCAAACAAGUUUUCUAUUGGAGUACGGAGACAACCAAGGACUUUACCAAAAUCACCUGGACCGGCGACAUUCCCUCGUGACAAAGAUACGAGCAAAAACUUAAAUUCUCUAUUGCCCGAGGAAAAAGGAAAUAAAUUUACAAUUCCUGAAAGACGGAUGGAGAAAAACGUUCGAAUGUCACCCGGUCCAGCUCAAUAUCCGUGCGUAAAAAAGGCGUUGAAAAAUGAGGUGAUGUCAAUUUACCCGGCGCCAACUCAAUUACUGCCUACAAUGAAAGCGCGUCACGACGUCUCAAUUAAACACCGAAUUCCGGCUCCUAAUGUGUAUCCAUUGGUAGAAGAAGCUAAAGCUGACCCGAAAGAACCGAAAGAUCUAACUAAAAAAAUGAUUCCGGGCAAACGUUCACCAUUAUAUUCCAUUGGUGUCAAGCACAGCCCGAAGCAACACAUUUUGAUAUUGAAGGAGGAUGAAUACUAAAUUGGUCGGACAAUUUCUACAUCUGCAUCGAAAGUGGAUUGAAUUUUUAUUUAAUUUAAAUUUUACGUUCAAAUUUUGCUGUUCGCUAUUCUUUGCAAUAAACUUUAUACUUUCGAC